AUGCGUAAACAUGUGUUUGAGCGCCUUCUCAACGCAGUGACCCAACAUGACCCCUGGUUUCAACAAAGGCGAGAUGCGGCAGGUCGUCUUGGUUUGUCUCCACUUCAAAAGUGCACUGCGGCCGUUAGACAACUAGCUUACGGGUGUGCUUCAGACGCUUGUGAUGAGUAUGUCCGUAUAAGUGAGGCAACUUCACGAUUGGCACUCCAAAAGUUUACAGAAGGUGUCAUCAACCUGUUCGGUGAUCAGUACCUACGCCGUCCAAUCAUCGCAGAUAUGGAAAGAUUGCUACGUAUUGGGGAAGAACGUGGAUUUCCUAGCAUGAUAGGCAGCAUUGAUUGUAUGCACUGGGAGUGGAAGAACUGUCCACACGCAUGGAAGGAGCAGUAUCAAGGAAGAGAAGGAGUUGCAACUCUCGUACUGGAGGCAGUUGCGAACAGAGAUCUAUGGAUAUGGCAUUCGUUCUUUGGGAUGCCAGGUAGCUGCAACGAUAUUAAUGUGCUUCAUCGAUCCCCUGUGUUCGAAGACGUCUUAGAGGGUCGAACACCUCCUGUGAACUUCGUAGUCAAUGGUCAUCAUUAUACGAAUGGGUAUUAUCUUACUGAUGGAAUCUACCCUAGAUGGGCUUCUUUUGUGAAAUCCAUUACGAGUCCACAAACUCGUCAGGAUCGUUUAUUCGCAAAACACCAGGAAGCUUCAAGGAAAGACGUUGAACGCGCAUUUGGGGUCCUUCAAGCUCGUUUUGCCAUUAUUAAAAGCCGUCUUUGGCGUGGGAUACCGACAUACUCCACAAUAUCAUGCUCGCCUGCAUCAUAA